AGCAGGCAUACUGAUCGGUGCCUACGGUAGCUGUAGAGGGACUAAGUUUAUCAAUCAACUCCAUGGUUUUCCUGGAGAUCUCUUGAUAUCAAAACUUUUUUCCUCACACACUUCUCUGAUCCUGUGGAGAUGAAAAUUGACAUCCAUAGUCAUAUUCUACCCAAAGAAUGGCCAGAUCUAGAAAAGAGAUUUGGCUACGGAGGCUGGGUGCAGCUCCAACACCACAGCACGGGAGAAGCAAAGAUGCUGAAAGAUGGAAAAGUCUUCAGAGUGGUCCAAGAGAACUGCUGGGAUCCAGAAGUCCGUAUUAGAGAAAUGGACCAAACAGGAGUGACCUUGCAAGCCCUUUCCACGGUUCCCGUCAUGUUUAGCUACUGGGCCAAACCUCAGGACACUUUAGACCUGUGCCAGCUUCUAAACAACGACCUAGCUGCCACUGUCGCGAGCCACCCCAGGAGGUUUGUGGGUCUGGGGACAUUGCCCAUGCAGGCCCCGGAGCUGGCCAUCAAGGAGAUGGAGCGCUGUGUGAAGGAGCUGGGCUUUCCAGGGGUCCAGAUCGGCUCCCACGUCAACCAGUGGGACCUGAACGCGCAGGAACUCUUCCCUGUCUACGCAGCAGCUGAAAAGCUAAACUGUUCCCUAUUCGUGCACCCCUGGGACAUGCAGAUGGAUGGACGGAUGGCCAAAUACUGGUUCCCUUGGCUCCUAGGAAUGCCAGCAGAGACCACUACUGCCAUUUGCUCCAUGAUCAUGGGUGGAGUGUUUGAGAAGUUUCCUAAACUGAAAGUAUGUUUUGCACAUGGAGGUGGUUCCUUCCCCUUCACGGUGGGAAGAAUUUCCCAUGGAUUCAGCAUGCGCCCAGAUCUGUGUGCCCAGGACAAUCCAACCAACCCAAAGAAAUACCUUGGUUCCUUUUACACAGACUCCUUGGUUCAUGAUCCUCUGGCCCUCAAGCUAUUAACAGAUGUCAUAGGAAAGGAUAAAGUCAUUUUGGGAACCGAUUACCCGUUUCCACUAGGUGAGCUGGAACCUGGGAAAUUGAUAGAGUCCAUAGAAGAAUUUGAUGCAGAAACAAAGGAUAAACUCAAAGCUGGCAAUGCUCUAGCAUUUUUGGGUCUUGAGAGAAAACAAUUUGAAUGACUGAAUUUACUCCAAAGGCAAACUUUCCAGAAGAUAUUUUAUUUUUGUUUUUAAAUAUGUAUCACACAUGCUUUACUAAAAUCCUGUUUUGAACUAUUUUAUCCAGAAAUAGAAUAUCCCCAAAUAUCCUAAAUUAUUCAUAACAAAAAUAACUCACAUGUGUUUUUAUUCUGAAAA